GUAUUUAGACCAUCAUCAGCUCUUGACGCUCUACUACGCCAAUAAGAUCUAUCAAAGUACUAUACUAUUCGAAAUGGCUUCUCGCGUUUUCACCCGUGCUCUUGCUCGCGCUGUCGUGCCCACCGCGACUCGCUUCGUUGCUCCUCGCAGCGUCCCUUUGAUCAGCGCCUCCAUGAGAUCGGUCACUGCUCUUCCCGCUUACAGACCGUACUCUUCCUCAUCCUCGAAGGAGGAGCUUCUCGAUGCUCUUACUGAGGAGUUGAAAUACGAGCAGGACCAGCUCGUGGAGAAGAAGUGGACUUCUAUGCCCAAGGAACUCGCCGACGUUCUCCGCAGUACUGGAUACAAGCUUAUCGAUGAAGCCGACAGUGACGUGAUUACCAUCCAGCGCAAGCAGGGAAACAUUGACAUUUUGAUCAAAUGGUCUGCCUCCGACGUUCACCAUGCGAUGAGCGAGAAUUUCGAGCAGACUGAGGAGGAGGAUGAAUUUGAUGACUUUGGCCCCAACGACAACAGCUUCCCCGUGAAGGUUUUCGUCACCAAGGAGGGCGCCGGCACUCUUGUUAUCGAGGCCUCUGCGGAAGAUAACUCGCUUGUGUAUGAGCAGAUCUUGCACUUCUCUGACAGCAACAUGGCUGUUUCGGAGCUUGCGGAUGAUGAGCUCAAAAAGCGCUCUAGCUACUGGGGUCCUCCUUUCGCUGAUCUUGACGAGCGUCUCCAGCAGACCCUGAUCGAUCACUUCGAGGAUCUUGGCAUUACCAAUGAGAUCACGCCCUUCAUCUACGAAUACUCUGAGUUCAAGGAAGCCCAACUCUACGCGCAGCAUCUCAAGAAUUUGAGGUCUUUCUUUGCGGCCUAAGCAGGUUUUUUGUAUGAAGAUUUCCUGUGAUGUUGGUUUUUUUUCUGAUUCAACAUUCUUGAUCUUUAUCCAAAUCAAAACUCCACAAAAAAAGAGCACUCUCUACUGUACAUAGUUAAUAAAUUCUCUUCAAUCCCCUCAUAGUAUCUGGGCUGGAUUUGUUUUCAGCUUUCU